CUACAGCCCCAAAUUCGCCGCCAUACCAAUUCAGCUGUGCUUCCGCCGGGCCGUCAGUGAGCAACCUCCCCGAACACCUGCGAUUCAUUGACUACCUCGAGCACGUCAGCUGCUCAUCCCUGUUAUCUCGCUUGCUUAGCGGCAGUUUGUUCAGCUUUCAGUCAGCUUCUUUUCCUCUUCCGCUUGAAGAGAAAUCGCGUUUUUACGUUUUAAGGCCGGAGUGGGGAGCUAAACGGACGGAUUUGACAUCCUUAUGUCAAACUGUGUGUUUCCUAGCUCCCAAGCCCGAGCUAUGGAGUAGAAGCAGCGGAAUGGCGCUGUGAAUGAACUGAAGAGGGUGAAUCUUCCUGACGCGAGCUUUUUCAAACGUUCAGCCGCGGGAAGCCACCAUGGCUCUUCUUCAGUCGUAUUUUUCUUAUAAGGUGUUGUCCCAUAAAAAUUUUGGGACAGCUACUUCUGAACGCUUGCUUCAUCUCAGGAGAAGAUCUUCAAGAUCACAGUUUUCCACAUAUCCGACAGAAGAGUUCACUUCAUCAAAGCGAAGAUCCCGGGGACCUGUCAUGGCAGCGAAGAAAGCCUCUGAAGGGGAAAAGCUAGAGGAAGGAAGGUACAAGCACACAGUUGAUUUACCAAAGACAACAUUUGGCAUGAGAGCAAAUUCCUUAGUGAGAGAACCGGAGAUUCAGAAGUUAUGGGAUGAGAAUGACGUGUUCAGGAAAGUUAUUGACAAAAAUAAUGGGGAAAAUUUUGUGUUACAUGAUGGUCCCCCAUAUGCAAAUGGGGAUCUCCAUAUGGGCCAUGCCCUAAAUAAGAUCUUGAAGGAUAUAAUUAACCGAUACAAGAUCCUUCAUAAUUAUAAAGUUCAUUAUGUACCUGGUUGGGACUGUCAUGGCCUCCCAAUAGAAUUGAAAGUUCUCCAGUCGUUGGAUCAGGAUGCCAGAAAGGACCUGACGCCCUCAAAGCUAAGGACAAAGGCAGCAAAAUUUGCAAAGGCGACUGUCAAAACCCAGAUGGCAUCAUUUAAGCGCUAUGGAGUAUGGGCAGACUGGGAUAAUCCUUAUCUAACUCUUGAUCCACAGUAUGAAGCUGCCCAGAUUGAAGUAUUUGGGAAGAUGGCCCUUCAAGGCUACAUCUACAGAGGCAGGAAACCAGUUUACUGGAGUCCCUCAUCACGCACAGCUCUUGCAGAGGCAGAAUUGGAGUAUCCUGAAGGGCAUGUUUCGAAGAGUAUAUAUGUUACAUUCAGAAUGGUGUGUAAUCCGACUACUUCAAAUGGGUUACUAGAGGAAUUCUUUCCAGAUCUGUGUCUGGCCAUUUGGACGACAACACCAUGGACGAUUCCAGCCAAUGCUGCUGUGGCAGUAAAUGAUAAACUUCAGUACGCCAUAGUUGAAGUUCAAUCAUUCUUGGAAGAUUCUUCUCCUUCACUGGGAAAGAAAAAACAAAGGCCUGGAAAUCUUCUCAAACAAAAGCUGCCAUUCCUUGUAGUCGCAUCCGAUCUCGUGGCAACACUCGAAACAAAAUGGGGUGUGAAGCUUCUUGUCAGGAAAACAAUUUUGGGUGCUGAACUUGAAGGCUUCAGUUACACUCAUCCAGUGGACAAAAGAGAAUGCCCAGUUGUGAUCGGAGGAGACUAUAUUACUACCGAAUCCGGAACCGGACUAGUGCAUACCGCUCCUGGGCAUGGUCAGGAGGAUUAUGCAACUGGUAUAAAAUACGGAUUGCCAAUGCUUUCCCCUGUAGAUGAUGAUGGCAAAUUCACUGAAGAAGCUGCACAGUUUAGUGGGCUUGAUGUGCUUGGGGAGGGUAAUACUGCAGUGGUGAAAUAUCUGGAUGAAAGAUUGUCAAUCAUCAUGGAGGAAUCCUAUCAACACAAGUACCCAUAUGAUUGGCGAACUAAGAAGCCCACAAUAUAUAGGGCUACUGAGCAAUGGUUUGCAUCAGUUGAAGGUUUUCGUCAGGCUGCUAUGGAUGCAAUUCGGCAUGUGAAAUGGACUCCUCCUCAGGCAGAAAACAGAAUUUCUGCAAUGAUAUCAAGCCGCUCUGAUUGGUGCAUUUCUAGGCAAAGGACAUGGGGUGUACCCAUCCCGGUAUUUUAUCACGUGAAAACGAAGGAACCACUUAUGAAUGAAGAGACUAUCGAACAUGUCAAAUCAAUAAUAGCACAGAAAGGUAGUGAUGCUUGGUGGUACAUGAAAGUGGAGGAUUUACUCCCUGACAAAUAUCGCGAUGAAGCAUCGGAGUAUGAAAAAGGCACAGAUACAAUGGAUGUCUGGUUUGACUCAGGUUCUUCCUGGGCGGCUGUGUUGGGAAAAAGGAGCCUUAUGUUCCCUGCAGACCUAUAUCUUGAAGGUACAGAUCAGCACCGUGGAUGGUUCCAGAGUUCUCUGUUAACAAGCAUGGCCACAAAAGGAAUGGCCCCAUACUCGAGUGUGAUAACCCAUGGUUUUGUGUUGGAUGAGAAGGGUUACAAGAUGAGCAAAUCUUUGGGUAAUGUUGUCGACCCACGUGCUAUAAUUGAAGGAGGGAAAAGCUCCAGGGAUGAACCGGCAUAUGGAGCUGAUGUCCUCCGUCUGUGGGUUAGCAGUGUAGAUUACUCAGGUGAUGUUAUGAUUGGUGCUCAAGUCCUUCGCCAAGUUUCUGACAUGUAUAGAAAAUUAAGAGGAACCUUGAGAUACCUUUUGUCAAAUCUGCAUGAUUGGAAGGCUGAUAAUGUUGUUUCAUAUCACAAUCUUCCCAUGAUUGAUAAACAUGCACUGUUUCAGCUGGAAAACGUUGUCAAGAACGUCAAACUUAGUUAUGACCACUAUCAGUUUUUCAAAAUAUUCCAGGUCAUACAACGGUUUGUUAUUGUUGACCUCUCAAAUUUCUACUUUGAUGUUGCUAAAGAUCGACUUUAUGUGGGGGGAUCAACGAGUUUCACAAGGAGAAGCUGUCAGACGGUUCUUGCUGCACAUCUCCUGUCCAUAGUUAAGGUCAUCGCCCCAAUAUUGCCUCAUUUGGCUGAAGAUGUAUGGCAGAAUCUACCCUUUCAAUAUACCAAUGCUGAUGGUUCUACAGCCAAGUUUGUUUUCGAGUCGAAGUGGCCCGAUUUGAACGAGGAAUGGCUCUCGCUUCCUGAUGAAGAAGCUGAUUUCUGGGCCAAAAUUUUGGAGCUGAGGACUGAGGUUAACAAGGUUAUGGAGACUGCUCGUACUGGCAAGCUUAUAGGUUCCAGUUUGGAGGCUAAGGUUUACCUUCACACUUCUGAUGAUAGCCUGGCCUCGAAAUUGCACAAAAUGAGUGCAACCGGCAAUGACGCAGAUGCACUACACCGCAUAUUCAUUACUUCCCAUGCAGAAGUAGUAUCAAACGUGGACAAGGAGCUAGCCCAAACCGUAUCUUACACGGGAGAGUAUCUCAUCCAAGGAAACAACAGAGUUUGGAUCGGAGUUUCGCGAGCAGCAGGGUCCAAGUGCGAGAGAUGCUGGAACUACACUCCCCAAGUUGGUUCAUUUACCGAGCACCCAACCCUCUGUGAACGCUGCUACAAUGUAAUUGGCGUUCUGCCUGAGCCAACUUUGGCUGCUGUUAAAUGAGAGUCCAAGUAAACAAAAUCCAGAAGUCCCCAGCAAACUACAGAGAUGGAGUUACGCACAGUUUGUUAUUUGUGUGCAUUGUUUGCGUUCUUCUCUGGUGCUAGUCAACUGAUGCACGGCUUGCUGUCUUGAUUAGAAGGUAGUUUCGGUAUCUAGAACACAGAUAUCUCCAGUGACAUUCAAUUGAAUCACAGGGAAACGCCCAUAAACUUUAUGCUCAACAUAACUGUUUCUUUUUUACCUGUGCAGGUUGUUAAUCAUGAGGUUCGACGUAAGCUUGUGGUUUGGGGCAAAUUGACUUUUCCUUAUCGUCAUUCACAUUCUGUCGUCCUCAUUUUUCUUCAUACGCACCAUUUUCAAGUACAUGCAGAUAAUCAUUGUCCAACUCACCCAAUCAAAACUCUACUUACAAAUCAAUAUAAUUCAAAUACAUUUUUAGAGUUACA